ACUUCAACCGCGGCUUCGCCAAAAUCAUAACCAUAUUCGCGCGCAUCUACCUCUGGUGGACCGGUAGCCCACACUACAUCAAUAUAGAGUCGCUCCAGAUAUCCGUCCUCGCCGGCAGACUAUUCUUCGGUAAAGUAAUCUACCACGGCCCCAACGAGACGAUCAGUAUCGUUGGCGGUCAGAUUACAUGGCGGUAUUGGUUACGGCGCGUGCGCAAUGUUUCGUCAGAUGGGACAGACGAGAGUGAAGGCGACGCCAAGGGGAAAUAUGAUCGCCACAAUAUGACUGGCUCAUGGGCGAGAUGGCAGCUGCAGCGCGUGAAGGGGAUGAUCCAGACGUGACUCCGCCGCCGCCGCAGCCUCACGGCGCUGACGAUUAUCUGAACGGGCUUGAUGGGGACGAGAAACACGACGAUCCGAAGACCAGUUCUUCGACUUCCGGACCAAAGCAGUCCAGUGCAAUGCCGGCGGUGGAGUCGUUCGAAGAUAUGGCGGCCAACUCGCCGUACCUCAGAAUGCUCCCGAUCAGAGUGGAUUGUCAUCGCGGUGCGGUAGUGAUGGGGAAUAACAACACCCCCAGUGUUCUAGUAGCACAUUUCGAGAAGGCCCAGGGAUAUGUGGACGCUAGAAAGUCUCGUUCUAUCGACCAGUACAAACAAGUCUUCGAUCUCAAGUUCACGCAUCCUACUGUGCAGUUAAAACCAAAUGCCAACUACAAGGAAUCCCUUCUGGCUCGAGCAGACCGGGAGCAGUCCACAGCGGCCCCAAACCAGCCCACCCCGCCCAUUCGCACUCGCCGCCAGAAACUCCGGGAUCUAAUCCCACUCUUGACUGCGUCGGCCGAAUCCUUCAGUCCGCCCACAGGGUCGGCGAAUGCACUGUCGGAUCAUCAGGAUAACCAUGGACAGUGGAUGGGCCUGAGCCGUUACCUUGAUGAAUCCGAGCAUCAUGGUGGCUGGAAAUUCGAACCGCAGGAAUAUGCGAGUGUAACAGACGUCCUGGAUUGCGAGAGUGCUACAUUCUGCCUGUAUUGGGAUGUGGUUGGGAAAGUCCCAACGUCUUCACCACCACCAAAAGAGGGCGGCAAGGAGAGAAACGGCGAAGAAUACUCAGCACCUGAGUUUGGCAUAGAUUUGUCGUUUGAGGGCGGUACGAUCCAUUAUGGGCCAUGGGCGGAUCGUCAACGCAUACACUUGCAAAACAUGUUCUUCCCCAAGAUCUACAAGACAGCAAAACCCGCCGAACCACUGCUACCUGGAGAUGACAGAACCUACACCGAGAUGAAGGUGUUCGUUGAGCUCUCGAGUUCGACAAUCCUGAACAUCCCGGUACGGGAGGCGAGUAAAGACUGGAAAUACCGCAGUCGUCUCGAAGAAGGGCAGGUUCGACCAUGUGGCUGGUUGGAAAUCAAGGCGGGCAGGAUGAGCACUCUCAGCUACAAUAUGGCGUAUGUCGCAUCGUCAAGCGGUUGGACGCAUACGCUUGAUCUCGAAUUACGAACACCUGAGGUCCGGACGUCUGUUAACCAUGGUUUGCUAUGGUCGGCUGCCAGCCAAACACUACAAUGCGACCUUUCGGGCCCGUUGAAGUGGAACGGUGAUACGAAAUGGGUGUUCAACAACGAAUCGUCCGGCAUGAAAGUGUUCCUCCUACGGGAGCACAUUACACUCCUGACUGACCUGGCCACUGAUUGGACAUCCGGCCCGCCUUCGGAGUAUUGGACAUUUGUGCCCAUGAUCUAUGAGUUGAAUCUCGAGCUGAAGGAUUACGAAUUCUUCCUCAAUGUCAACGACCAAAAUAUCAUCAACAAUCCCAGCAGCUUCGAGGACAAUACGUUUGUUGUACUCCGUAACUUGGGCGGUAAUAACGGCUACCUAAAAGGAUGCGUCGUCAUGGAUUUUAGAGAGUUCCGGCCACAGUGCUCAAAAGUAGAAUUUACGGUGGAGACUGUGAGCAAUACCGAUAUGGGGGGAAUGCUUGAAGUGGGAGUCAGGACGCCGAUAUGGAACACUUGGAAUUGUUCCCUAAAGCAGCAAGAAUCCUUAGGAAAGGUGGGACAAGUCAAGUUAAAGGGCAGUUACGAGUUCUUCGCCAAUACCUCUCCCGACCUGAUUGACACCUUGAACCUAAAUCUUGACGGCGAGCGGCUCCAUUUGGUAUUACAUGGGUUUCUCAUUCGAUAUUUCUUGACCAUAAAGGAGAACUACUUCGGCGAAAACCUUCAUUUCAAGACGCUGGAGGAAUGGCAGAGUCGACAACAGGUAGAGGCGGGCGAGAUUGCUCCGGGGCCUACCCCUCCGGCGUCGAAAAGCAAUGAUUUGGAUGUUGUCCUUGGUGUCAGGGUUCGUGAACUGGAGAUUCUACUGCCGAAGCACAUAUACGAUGCAAAGGAGCACGUGAAGCUUAAGACGCCGUCCUUGGGGCUCGAUAUGCGGUUUACGAACUACUACAUGGAUCUGCAAGUAGACAUGGCGCCUAUAUCCGCUUUCAUCGGUAAUUCUACCUCGGCUUUGCCCGAAAUCUUUGUCGAUGGCCUUACAAUAUACGGGCACCGCCUCUUUGGAUUGCCGCCAGUAGAGCCCACGUACGUUUGCAACUGGGACCUGAGUGUUGGUGAUGUCGCCGGAGAAUGCUCCCUCGAAUUCUUGCAGACAGCAAUCUUCGCGAUGGGCUCCUUCGUCUUUAGCUUCAAAGAUAUCGAGAACGCGCUUCCGUUGCUUAGUAUACCCAUCGUUCACGACGUGACUUUCGUGCGCUUGAGGGUCGGAUCUUUACGCGUGUGGUUGCACAUGGACGGGCCAAUCGCCUUCCGUAUGGUGGCCGAUGAAGUGUCAUUUGUAUUGAACGACCUAGCAAAUGAGCUCCAUUCGGACCGGAUCACGUUAAAAAUUCCCGGCUUCAAUGUUGUUUGUAUGGAUGUGGAGCGGAGAGACGUAUGGGGGACAAAAGGUUGCUUGGAAACAGAAUUCAACGUCACUGUCCUAGGUAGGAAGAAGAAUGCUUCUGAAGCGAGACGGCUGCAGCAGGAGCAUGUGAGGGUCAGUGACGGACGCACUGGACGCGCAACUUUCUUGCUGGAGCAACAAGAUGAAGGCAGUAUUGCCAGUGGGCCGAAGCCUGCGAGUAUGGCGUUGCCUGGGCUUCCGUUGCCUUUUGAUGAUAACUCCGGAUCGGUAUAUGAUAGCAGUUCUAUAGAGUCGGAUAACUCCUCGCGGACAACUAGAUCGUCCACCAGCAAGAGCAGCCACUCUUUUCUUGCUAAUAGGCACCGAUCGAACUCAUCAGGUACGGCAAGCUUGAUGCAAUCAGCAAGCUCUCGUACGUUGUCUUUUUAUUCCGCCAUGGAGUCGAUCUCGGAUCCUCCGCCUCCAAUUCCCCCAUUGCCCAGGUGGAACCCGUCUACAACUCCCAGCGCAACAACACCGGGCUCCAGGGACUCUGUGCGUAUGACACCAACUGGAAUGCAUUUCCAUGGGCUUUCGUUGGAGAUGACACCGAAACCGCUCGAGGUAUCCUUAUCAAGUCCCUUUUCGAGGCCGGACUUCCCUCUCGACGGUGUUGAGCCCGACCUUACCAAAGUACCCUCGCUCGGAACGAAUGACAGCUCCCCUCGCCUUCGACAGCCUGUAGGCCAUGUCGAGAUCGUCACAGACGAAGAGUCAUCCAGAGACAGUAUCAUCGUCGAGUUCGGCUCCGGAAUUCGCGGUUACUGUACUCCCACUGCCUUGCGGGAAUUUGCAAAUCUACUUGAACGCAUACAACCGCAGUCGCCAGAGGACGUCCUUGAUUCCGUACAGACCAAUGUCGUCUCAAGACUCUCCGAAGUGGUCAAGAAGCCAGAUUCUCAUGGAAAGGUGGUCGAACUCUACCUGCAACUUCCCCAGUUCAAGUUUUGCCUGGUGGACGACUUCGUUCCGCCGUCAGCUCAGGAGGGCCGUAAGGGAGGACACGCAUUCAAUCUAAACUUGCGGAAUCUGCAAGUCACUGCGCGAUCCAGGAAACCGGCACUUACGGAAGAGGGUGGAAAGGAGGUCACUUCGGUGCAUGUCUUGCUCGAUUCAUUGAGCCUAGACCUGAAGGACCUCACGCCGCGUCCGCUUCUGCAGAUGUCGACGCAGCCGGCACUCGAGGUGGUAGUGGGAGAGCUCCUGUUCUGGGCGUCGAGCUCGGAAGCUGCCACUGUCUCUUUGCAGAUCAAGAACCUCUCCUCAUCUGCGCAAGGAACGCAGGCACUCUUCAUCCACGACGUUGCCAUGCGGACAGUCAAGGAAAUGGAAGGAAUCGCUGGGCGCUUCGCAAGGGUUUCCAGUGGCAAGCAGCGGAGAAUGCAGCAGUUUAUCUCUGCCCUAGCAUCAGCAGGCGAGGAGCUCAUGAUCACGCAAGAUCCGGCGACGCUCACGAGGCCGUCCUACGUCCUCCGCUCGGCGACUAACCACGUGCGAUUAAACGACUCGUGGAAAAUCACCACCCGCCUCCGGCACAUCUGGCAAUCACUCCCGGCCAGGGAGAAAGACGACCGCACUACCGCCUGCGUACAGAACGAGGCGCAUCCGCCACACAGCGCGAAAGCUCGGCUCAUUAAUGUUUUCCAGCGGUGGCGCGGCUGGGAGUUGGGGAAUAUCAAGGAGAGUAUCAUGGUUAAGCAGGUGUUUGGGGAUGGCGAGAGCAGCAACUCGGCACCCGGUACUACGGCAAAUCGAAUGCUCAAUUCGAAGUUCAGAAUCGAUUCGGUCAGGUUCCUGCUUGAUCCGGGACCAACGCAACAUGAGUUUGCGAUCGAUCAGUUGCAAGGACUGGUUAUGGCUGGUAUACCCACAGGCGGCGACCCGGCGCUAGGAGGUGAUUCUAUGGCAAUGGUCGCUCCGGGCGUCCGUGUGAACACGGUGGUGCAAGUACAUACGAGAAGUAUUCGUCUAGGCGUUAGGUGGGAGUUCCUGGAUAUACUUGAGACUGUUGCAAACGGGCUUCAGAAGCGGCGUGGCAAUUCCGACACUCAGGGAACAGUCUCUGAAACCCCUUCCACUAUUCCUACUUCGCUUUCGUCGAAGAGAAGAAACCGUUCCGACGGCUUCCAUAUGAUCUUCGCCACGGACGACGGAUCGCUAUCACUCGACACGGUAAACUUGCGGGUCGUAUCUCGUGUCCAGCACGUGCAAGCAUCGGUCGUUCUAUCCGAAAAGGAUGUCGAUCCACAAGCCGGAAAGUUCGGCAACGUCGGUAACUUAAUCCUUCGUGCCCGCCACGGGAAAUCCGAGGUAUGCCACGGCAACAAGAUCCUUAGUGAGGCCAACAUCCGUGCGCCCAGUCUGUAUGGACAUUUCGAUGAGCAUUGGUUUGUGGAGACGAAGUUCCACAUAUGGAAAAUUGCGAGCUCGGCCGAGGAGAUCACCUUCGAUGUGCAGGAGGAGGUGCUGGGGCUCAUGGAAGUGUUUGAUUACCUCGUUACCGAUGAGGUAGCCCAUAUUCAGCGGUUGAUGAAUACCCUGGACACGAUCCAACCGCAGAGUACGGGUGCCGCCAGUCCGAAGUCGCCAGGCCUCUCGAAGAGAAAGGUUCAUAUGAUAUAUGGCACGCUUUCGGUGGAUCAGUUCCGGAUGGGAGCGAAGCUGUUGCCGUCGCUCACUUACCUGGUGCGCGGUGGAGGCGUCCAGCUUUCGGCGAAACCAAAUUCGAUGGACUCGAAGGAGAUGAUCGUCGAUUUCGGCCUAGAACAUCAUGAACACGAAGUGUUCAAGUCUGUAGAUUCGUCGGAUCCAAGGGUCAUCUCACUACUGCGACUACCGGCAAUCAAUGUCAGUAUUCGAGACCGCAAUGCAGAAGAGGAACGAUUGGUAGAGGCGACUGUAUCCAUCGAAGCGAUAACUCUCGAUGCAUCGUCGAUCCAGAGUCUUCUCAACGCCAUCAAAAAACCAGAGGUUGUCAAGGUGAUCGAGGGCGUCCGCUCCGAGAUGCAGGCUAUCAGCUCGAAGCUUGGAGCCACCUUUGGCCGCAAUAGAAAACCGAAGACAGCGACGCCGACGAAGCCUUCAAAACCAUUGGUGUACCAAGCUCAUGCCGGGGUUUCAAGUCUGAAGAUUCAAACCAUGGCACCGUCUGCCAAUCUGGAGGUGAAUCUAGGGUUCAUACAGCUGUAUGCGUCCAACAGGCCUACGCUAACAGGGCCAGUGCUGUCGUUCCCUGAUAUCCGCUUGGAGUUCGGGAGGAUCACUGUGGAGUUGACGAGAACCGCCGAAGAUGGGGCACGGGAUACCUGCGGGUUCCUAGAGCUACAUGCUUCGCUAACGGCGUCGCUACAGCAAACCGAAGCUGGAAACUCACGGCCGGCGUUUUACAUCCAGAGCCACUCCCUCAAGAUUGAUCUCUUCGCCGAAACGGCUUCGGCGGCUGUAGAUGUGGUUGGACAUCUCCAGGAUCGGCUGAAGGACUUGGACCUCUCCCGGGAAGUCAAGUAUUUGCGAAAGCUGCGCAAUGCGAAACCGUUGAUCCAGCCAUCGCCCGAUCCCGAUGCAAGCAGUCAGCUGGGACUCCUCAAUACCGCGGUAUCCAUGGAAAUGAUGGGUAUCAGGGUCUCCUGGAUCGUGGGCGGAACAGCAACUACUCUGCCAAGUGGCAUGCCGAAGCAGAACUUGGUGUUGUCGUUUAAACGGAUUCAUUUCUCCACGGCCACACGGAAAAGCAACGAGGCGAAACUCAUUAUUGAGGACUUUAUCCUGCAGAUGGUGGAUGCCACAGCUGGCGAGGCUGUUGAGCGCUCAGAGAACUCCGCGCUCAUGCCAGAAAUCGUGUUCAAGGUGGCAUACAACCUCAGUGCGACCGAGCGGCUGUUGGCAUUUCAAGCAAAGGGCAGGUCACUCGACCUCCAUCUUCAAUCCUCUUGCGUACUCGCCGCGAACUCGAUAGAGAAUUCCAUCUCCGAGGCGGUGCAGAAGUUUAGAGAUGCAUCUUCGAGCUGGAAAUCGACGCUCACGCGCGGCGGAGAAGAGAGGACGAGUAUGUUCAGCACCAAGCGUUUGGCCUCGGUAAUGGUCGAUGCCGAUUUUGCGGGUGCGGUUGUGCAUCUCGGACGGGGCCUAGAUUCAGGGAUCGAGAAAAAUAAGGCGCCCGGAGUGCAGAAGGGGAGGUAUGGACAGUUUGCCCAAGGUGAAGCGAAUGGUAUCACGAUGCUCAAGUCACCGGGGCUGGCAUUCAAGGUCGAAUACACCGAUCCAAUCGAUGAGGAUCCGUCGCUCAGUGCCGAGAUCAAAAUCUCCGCAUCAGAUAACAUGCUCUUCCCGUCUGUCGUGCCGCUGAUCAUCGAGAUGUCGGACAACGUCAAGGAGAUCAUGAAGCAGCAGCCUACGGAUACUAGCGAUAUGGCUGAGAAGAUGGACAAAGCUGCCAAAGACAGUCAUAAUCCAGUUGCUUCCGAUCCGGCUGCGAUCCUGGGAAGAUGUCGUCUCAAUAUUGGGAUACGAAUCUGCAAGCAGGAGUUCACUCUGAGCUGUCAGCCAAUCGCCAGAGUCGCAGCAUCGGCUGGAUAUGAUCAGAUAUAUGCUACCAUCAAUACCUGCGACGACCCCGAAGGCGGGCGGUUCUACUCGCUCUCCGUGGCUAUCAAUGGCCUGAAGACAUCGUUGCAACAUGUCUACUCUCGUGAAUCCACCGGAACUCUCGAGGUCGAAUCAGUCACACUAUCGUUGAUGGAUAGCAAACACGUCAUGGGCUCCGCUGGCCUCUCAUGCAUGAUGAAGGUGAGCCCAAUCAAGUCACAGCUCAACGUCAAGCAGUUCCAGGACUUCCUCCUCUUCCGGGAAAUCUGGUACCCGGCAGAGAUGCGAAAUACUCCCACAAUGCCGCUGGAGUCGACUGAAGACCCGUCGGCGAUGCUGGUGCAAAGGUACCACAAGGUCGCUGCGAAAAAUGCGUUCCCGUGGAAUACUACUGUUGCCGUUACAGAACUUGAGGUUCAGCUGGAUUUCGGUCAAUCACUAGGGAAAUCGGCGCUGCUGAUCUCCCGCUUCUGGAUUACUUCUAGGAAGACGUCAGAUUGGGAACAAGCUCUAUGUCUGGGCUUCGAUUCAAUCCGCAUCUCGUCGACCGGUCGUCUGGGUGGAUAUAUCGAUCUGAGUGGGAUCAAGAUCAGGACUUCGAUCAACUGGGGCUCUGCCAUUGAGUCUACGGAUACCGUGCAGACACCGCUUAUCGAGGCAUCGGUGGGUUUCACAAAACUGGAGGCAAAGGUCUCCUUCGACUACCAGGCAUUCCUGCUCGCCGAUAUCGCGACGUUCAACUUCUUGAUGUACAACCUGCAGGAUGAGCGUACCGGCGGCGAGCGUUUGGUUGGGGUUCUCGACGGCGAACAAGUCCAGAUAUUUGCUACUACUCAAAGUGCCGCCCAGGGACUGGCACUAUACCAAGCGUUUCAACGGCUAUGGCAAGAGAAGCUCGCAUCCUUCGAGGUGUCGCUAAAGGAGGUCGAGAGCUACUUAAACCGCCGACAAUCCCACGCCCCGGCAAUGCAAGAGAAACCGCAGCCCCCAUCACGGAAGGCGUCUACGGCUUCAUCCGCAAUAUCAGGCGUAUUCUCACUGCACACGGAUGUCGUCGUUAAUCUCAAGGCAGUCCACCUCGGCGCCUUCCCUAGUACUUUCUACGACACCUCCGUCCUAAAGAUGGAAGCCCUUAACGCCACCGCGCACUUCGAAGUCGAGACCGUCGACGUAAAACGAAUCCACAGUAUGCUCGAGAUGAAGCUCGGAGAACUUAGUAUUGCCCUCGCACCAGUUAAACAGGAUGGGCAGGGCACGACAUUAGCCGAUGUCAGCGUCGAGCGGGUCAUCAAUGGCAUUGCGCAGGCAAAGCAAAAGUUGGGAACUAGGGGUAUAAUCUUGAAGGUCCCGCAGGUCACGGCGAAAAUGCAUACCUGGCAUUCACCUGGCUCCGUGGCGGUGGACUACAGAUUCCACUCUGCGUUCGAGGGCCAGGUCGAGGUCGGAUGGAAUUUUCAUAGAGUGGGGUUUAUCAAAAAUAUGUACCACACCCACGCCAAAGCCGUCGCGCAGCGCCAGGGGCGCCCUCCCGUCUCCAGCCGGAUUUCGAUGUACACCGAUGGCCCCGGGCUUGCCUCUGCCGCGUCGUCGGAAGACGGCUCUGAGAAGAAGACUAAGCAGAAGGGCAAGAUCACGGCGGUCGUGGACGUGCCCCAGAGCAAAUACGAAUACAACCCGAUUGAUCCGCCGAUUAUUGAGACACCACAACUGAGAGAUAUGGGCGAGGCUACGCCACCGAUGGAGUGGAUUGGGCUGCAUAGAGAACGUUUGCCACAUUUGACGCAUCAGGUAUGUUUAAGCUUCGAUCAGGAUUGGGGAGUGGAUAUGGCUAAUAUGCGCUGCGCUAGAUUGUUAUCGUGGCCCUUCUGGAGGUUGCGAGAGAAGUCGAGGACGCGUAUUCGAAGAUUCUGGGAUCGAGCUGAGGAGUGGGCUUUGCUGCUACUGGAGAACUAUAGAGGGAUGGCGUUCAUUGUAUUGCGUACUCGUAUUCUGUUUAAGUUUUCUCAUGUCAUUACUUGGUUAUAAUAUCGCGGAGGCGUUGAAGUUUAUACAUUAUGAGGCCCAGCGAGCCUGGGCUGGAUGGUUGGUUUGUAUUUUAGUUUCCAUAUCAAGGGACAACAUACCCUCACAAACUCUGC